AUGGCGAUCUGUACUUAUAACGCACGUACGCUUGCAUCGGAAGCGGCCAUCGAAGAUCUAAUGAUGCAAGCCAAGAAGAUCAAGUACGACGUACUCGGACUGACCAAGACGAAACGACGUCACCCUCUCAACGCCGUAUAUGAAACUGGAGAAGAACUGUUCUUAGGAACAUGCGACAGUAGAGGUGUUGGUGGAGUUGGCGUCGUCGUCAACACUAUAACGGCAAAAAACAUCGACUCUUUCGAACAACUUACGACCCGAAUCGGACGUCUGCGGAUGAGAAGAUGUGGUCCAACACCAGCCUUGACUAUCUUCGUCGCUUAG